AUGACUAAUACUUUUCGCUUACUGCUUGGUAUCUUCGAGGAAUCCAUUCUGGAUCUUAAAAACGACGUACUUUUGAGAACCCCUGCCACUCCAAUCUUGUACACUACUCGUCGUAGGCGCUCUGCUGACUCUAAACCCACAGAAUCAGCGCUCAAUCGCACUCAUCUUCGGGAGACUCAUCCUUACGAUGUCUUCAAUAUACACAGGCUAGUGACAGUCGACAAUUUAGCCUAUCAGUCGACCUCGCAACUGGCACAGGCCUACGAGAUGAUAACUCUACAACGCACACGCCGACAACUAUUUGUAGGUCCUGGAGUCUCACAUCCACAGCCUAGCCAAGCCGAAAAGAUAAGCCCUUUACAAUCUUCUGCGGUUGCUGUCACACUGUAUCGUGGUGCUGACCUAUUUGAGUUCACCUGGGGUGGGCCAAUAACUGUAUCGUUGUCAAUUUUUAAAGCGACAAAUAAAAUUCAAGCGAUGAAGUGGUUAUACCUAAAUAAAGAUCAUUUCAUGUUUCUAACUGAAACCAUAAAGGAAGUGCUUCAGUUAACUACAGAUAUUGGUGUCCCUGGACCAGUUUCUGAUCUUCACAAAAUCAGCGUCGGAAUAAACGACGUUGACAUCAAAUGGACACCCCCAAGUCAAUCAAAUGGACCUAUUAUCUCUGCUGUUCCUUAUUGA